AGUGCACAUUGCGAUUUCUUUCAUCCAUUCUACCUUUUUUUGAUCUCGCACGUAAAGGAGCGCAUUCGUGCGGGUUUUGUUUUUCUUCGCUGUUUGCUUUUAACACACCCAUUUCUUUGUCAACUUUCAUUCCACGAUUCGCAACGUUUGAGUUAGUAUUACCGUACUUCACUUUUAUUAUUAUUAAGAAAGCACACGACGCGGCAUUAAUCAGUCGAGAAGAGAAUGUUCAACCGUUUAUUCGGCAAGGAAAAGCAGGUGCAGCCGAACCGCGGCGGCGGCGGCAGCAAGAGCGCGGCCAAGACGAUGGAGGAAAUGGACGCCGCCAUCGACCUCCUGGAGAAGCGCGAGGCGGCGCUGGAGAAGCGGAUGGAGGCGGAGCUCGUCAAGGCGAAGCAGUUCUACGCCAAGAAGAACACGCAGGGUGCGCUGCAGUGCAUGAAGCGCAAGAAGAUGUACGAGGAGCAGCUACUGAACAUCGGUGCACAGAAGCAAAACUUAGAAACGUUGAAGUUCACGGUGCAGAACCAGACGAUGAACCAUGAGGUGCUGAAGGCACAGGUGGCGGCGAAGGAUGAGCUGAAGGUGUCGAACAAGAAGAUGAAUGCAGACAAGAUUGAGGAUAACAUGGAUGAGCUGAUGGAGGAGAUGGACAAGGCGAACCAGGUGAGCGAAGCGCUGCGCCAGCCGAUUGACAACAACUUCGUGGACGAGGAUGAGCUGAUGAACGAGCUAGAGAUGGAACUCGGUGACAUGGACCUGGAGGAGGCGCCUGCGGUGGAGACGAAGAUGCCGGAGAUGCCGAAGGUGCCGAGUGCGAAGCUGCCCGCCAAACCGACCAGGACGAAGGCGCAGGAGGACGAGGACGCUCUUGCCGCCCUCGAGGCGGAACUCGCGUGA